UCUCUGGCGAGAUGGAGGAAGAUGCGACCCGAAGCCGGCUGUCGCCUGGAAUGGAGGGUGUACCAGGAGCUGCGGCCUAGAAGUUUCGGCUUGGAGUUCUCCUCAGACUCAGUGGAACCUCCUGGGUCUGAGAAGGAGCUCCUGUGUUGUAGCUCAGCCUGACUUGAACUUGCCAUCCUCCUGCCUCAGCUAUGAAUAAAGGUCUUCAGGCACAAUGGAGGACAAGCGCAACAUCCAAAUCAUUGAGUGGGAACAUCUGGACAAGAAGAAGUUCUAUGUGUUUGGUGUGGCAAUGACAAUGAUGAUCCGUGUUAGUGUGUACCCAUUCACCCUCAUUCGCACCCGGCUGCAGGUUCAGAAGGGCAAGAGCCUCUACCAUGGGACCUUUGAUGCCUUCAUCAAGAUCCUUCGUGCAGAUGGCGUGACAGGCCUAUAUCGGGGGUUCCUGGUCAAUACCUUCACACUUAUCUCCGGCCAAUGUUAUGUUACUACCUAUGAGCUCACUCGAAAAUUUGUGUCUGACUAUAGCCAGAGCAACACAGUCAAAUCACUCGUGGCUGGUGGCUCAGCUUCCUUGGUGGCCCAGAGCAUCACCGUGCCCAUUGAUGUAGUCUCCCAGCACCUGAUGAUGCAGCGCAAGGGUGAAAAACUAGGCCGCUUCCAGGUGCGUGGGAACCCAAAGGGACAAGGGGUUAUUGCUUUUGGCCAAACUAAAGACAUCAUCAGGCAGAUCCUGCGGGCUGAUGGGCUUCGAGGCUUCUACCGAGGCUAUGUGGCAUCACUGCUUACCUAUAUCCCAAACAGUGCCGUCUGGUGGCCCUUUUAUCACUUCUAUGCAGAGCAGCUCUCGUACCUGUGUCCUAAGGAGUGCCCUCACAUUGUCUUUCAAGCCGUCUCAGGGCCCAUGGCUGCAGCCACUGCCUCCAUCAUCACCAAUCCCAUGGAUGUCAUCCGAACUCGUGUGCAGGUUGAAGGCAAAAGCUCUAUCAUCUUGACCUUCAGACAGCUGAUGGCCGAAGAGGGGCCUUGGGGCCUCAUGAAAGGUCUUUCAGCACGAAUCAUCUCAGCCACCCCCUCCACCAUCGUCAUUGUUGUGGGCUACGAGAGCCUCAAGAAACUCAGCCUCCGACCCGAGUUGGUGGACUCAAGACACUGGUAGCCAGUGGUGGGCAGAGAAGCCUGCUGUUUCCCACACUAAUCUGGGCCAGGACAGAGCAGGAAAGAUAGUGCCAUCUCUUUAAUGCUCCCACCACAUGCCCAGCCCUGCCCUGGGAUAGGUGGCCUGUCUGGAACAGGGCAGAGCUGUUGGACUGCUCUUGCUAGAAAGGAACCAUGCCUGGCUCACUUGCCCUCACUAUUUUUGUUUAUCCUGCUGAGCUGCGCUUCUUCACUCACCCCUGUACUCAAUUGUGGCCUGAAGACCCCACCCCAUCCUUACCCCUACCCUGCAGGCCCAUCUGGUUUCCUUUUCCAUCUCUCCCUGCGGCUCCAGGAAGAGCUGUACAUAGAGAGUUUGUUUCCCACCACUGACUCUUCCUAGUCAGCCCCCACUAAGCUCUGCUUCAUCAGGUAUACUUGCUUAUUUUAAUUUGGAACUGAGCUGCCCUCUGGACUACUAGUACCACUUUCCCUUGCUUCUUGGGGGCAAGUUGCCUGGCACUUUUGUGCAGGGGAUAGGAGCAGCAAUGUUCCUGGCUCUGCAGAGCCCUCUUCCUUUCUUUGGAGGAAUAACUAGGAUAGGAAGAAAUGUUAAUACUUUGUUUUAUGUGUGCAUUUCAUCUGUGAACCAGGCUACUGUCUUAAUCCUCCUAAACACCAACCCUGCUGUCAGAGCCCACCCCUUCCAGAUAAGUGGGAAAAUGUGUGUAGCUUCUUCCUCAAUCCCAGUUCUUUAUAUAUUCAGCAUCCCUUCAGUGCUCCACCAGUCCUGGAAACCUUCAGGCAAUAUGAACUAUUGUCUUUCCUAGUCCUAAAUGGCUACCAUGGAAGGCGCAGUUCUAAGAUCAAGCUGUAUGAGGUACGCUGGACUUUGCACACCACCCUGAAAAGUGAGGUUGAGAGUAUUUGGUUUGGAAAGUGACAAGGAGUUGUAUGUUCCCUACCAAUCUCUCCUCAAGCCAGCUGAGCCAGGACCAGGAGAGGGCAGUAGAGGUUCCCAGCCCUAGGCAGCCAUGACAAACAUACAUACCCCAGUCACUCAGACUCAACAGCAACAGAUUUUUGUCUUACAAUGUGAAUCUCUGAGAUACCAAAUGUUUGUUUUUCUUCUCUCUGGAUGUGAAGAGUCGUCUCAGUCAUGGUACCUUAUGCUCGCAAGACAAUAAAGAACAGUUUGGGAAGUCACCCAAUCCAGGACCGCUGCAUUUACCAGCCUGAUACUGCCGAGAUUACCUGUUGAAGCACUCUCCUUUGGAAUUAAGAGAUAGUGCUCCUUCUCUGUUUGGUUCUUCCCCACCUCAGACUCCAUCAAGCCUGUGCUGUAGAGCUGCAGCUAAUGCAAUGAAAAGGGGGAAGUCAAACCCCACCUUUCUACUAGAUGUAGCCUGGGUGAUACAUUAAAACUUUUAUGCUUUUUUUUUUUUUUCAGUUGUGGGGCCUGAACUCUGGACCUGGGUGCUAUCCCUCAGCUCUUCAGCUGAAGGCUAGUGCCCUACCACUUGAGCCACAGCACGACUUCCUACAUUAAACCUUUUAAAUGAUCCUACCCUAUAGGAAAAGUCAUGGUGCCAAUUUGAAAGGUGCUAGCUAGCUACCAGGCCAUGAGGCCAUGAUAUAAUAGGCUGCUCCAUAUUUUUCCAUCCUGGCCAGAUCAGAAUCUGGAGAGUAUAUUUCUCUACAUGUAAGGAUUCUUUAAGUAUCUUUUUUUUUAAUUUUCCAUGUUCUUCCUACACUUUGUCAAGAGAGUCCUCCAAUUGUGGCCCCAGAAGAUUGAAUCCACUAAUCAUUCUGAAUUUUCCCUGUCCCUCAUCUACCUCUUUACUAUAAGAACCACCAAUACAAUGGAAGCAAGGGCUCCUCUCUCAAGUUUCUGUUAAUAAGAUUUUAUUGCUCCACUGGAAUUUGAACUAAGGACUUUGUGCUUGAUAGGCUGGCACUCAUAACAUUUGAACCACACAUCCAGCCCUACUUUCUACUGAUUUGGAGAUGGAGUCUAGUGAACAUCUGUGCCCU